UUUGUGAUUAUUAGUUCUGUGUACUGCAAAUAAAUCACAGCAUUGGCUUUCUGUUGCUUGCUGAUGAAUUUUCACCUGUGCAGAAGUACGGUUUUCUGUCAAAAUGAAAUUUAAAAAGCUGUUGUAGACAUUCAGUGUCUACGAAUUGCAAACUGAUUAAACUUGUUGUCUACCAUUUAGAUAAAAUUAACAACAUGUAAUUAAAUAAUUGCUGAAGUGAAAAAUGCCUUAAAAGGUGAAACACCUGUCUGGAAGCUGUGAUAACUAGAACUACUAGCUUGCUACAGGCUUUGGGGAAAGAAAUAGCAACUUCUGUUUUAUCACUGUCAGGAACUUGAAACAUACUGAUAAGAAUUAAAAAUAGGAGAGCCUUGAUUUCCUUCUGUAAUUUUUCUUGAGAGAGAGUGAGCCUUAUUCCAGCCUUAGCAUUUGUAUCACUGAUUCAGUGCAGGGAUGUUAAUGGAAGGUUGAGAUGUACUUUCAUCGUGCAAACCCCAUCUAUAUUCAUACAGCUUCUGAAAAAUCUGUGAUUUAAUAGGAAAAAAAGGACUUUGUGCAUGCAAUAAACACAUUUUUUAGAUAGAACAUUUAGUUGAGGCAAAUUGGCCUAUUAUUGAUGUUUUAAUUGAAUAUCCUUUAGCUGUUUUUAGCCAGGCUGAGUAAUCCCUAACUAUGGCUCACCAUUUUCUUCUAAUAAAGAAUUGAUACAGUGCCUGUUUUGUCUGUUGUGGGCUAUGAAGGGCUGCUACAUUUGACUGCCCAACCUCUGCCUUUCUUCAUUUGAUUUGGGGUGGUGAGGCUGAUGUUCGUUUCUGUUUUGGUAUCAAACAACUGUUUGAUACCAAACCAGUUUAAUUUCCAGUAAAUUAAACAACCAGUUUCCAGAAAUUAAACAACCAGUUUAAUUUCCCUCUUCUGAAGGGACCCAGCCUUUUCUCUGUGGGCUUUUUGCUGCUACUUUGAAAUAACAGAAAUCCUUAGGACUUCCUGUAUUAAGUAAAAUUGGGCAUUUAAAGGUUGUGUGUACAACUUCAAGUGUUUGACUUCCAUCUCCUGCGUUUUGCAUUCCCCACUCUAAUUAGUGUGAUUUAGGUUUGGUUACUGAUUACGCGUCGGCAUGGCUGAAGGCGUAAUUGACAUCCUAAUGACUUACGCGUGAAGAAGCCAGAACCGUGGCUGAACGGAGCUUAAAGGGCCACAGAGGAAAGAAAGAACAUGAACAUUUCUGAAGGUGUGAGAUGUGUCUGGCUGUGACCUCCUUACCUCAGUAAUAAAGAAGAGUUUUUCUACAGGAGCUUAGGAUAUCUUUACUCCAGCUUCUUAAUAUACUAACUGGAAUGGUGCUCUGACAACAAUUCCCCAUAAUAAAGCACUUACCCUACUACAGAACACUAUUUCUUUCUCUACUGAUAAUGUAACUCAAUGGCGGAAAAUAAUGUUUUGAUAAGCAUGCCUGAAGAUCGUUCAUUUCACGUGCGAUACAGGAUGGAGGCUUCCUGCCUGGAGCUGGCUCUGGAAGGCGAGCGCCUGUGCAAGGCAGGAGAUUGCCGGGCUGGAGUGUCUUUCUUUGAAGCAGCUGUCCAGGUUGGAACUGAAGAUUUACGAACCCUGAGCGCUAUUUACAGCCAGCUGGGCAAUGCCUAUUUCUACCUGCAGGAAUAUGCAAAGGCCUUGGAAUACCAUCACCACGAUUUAACUCUUGCAAGGACAAUUGGAGAUCUGCUGGGAGAAGCUAAAGCUAGUGGGAACCUGGGCAACACCUUAAAGGUACUUGGGAAUUUUGAAGAAGCUAUCGUUUGCUGUCAGAGACAUCUGGAUAUUUCCAGAGAACUUAAUGAUAAGGUUGGAGAAGCAAGAGCACUGUAUAAUCUGGGAAAUGUAUAUCACUCCAAAGGGAAAAAUGUAGCUAAUGCUGGGACUCAUGAUCCAGGGGAACUUCCAGAUGAUGUGAAAAAUGCUUUACAGAAAGCUGCAAAGUAUUAUGAGGAAAACCUGUCAAUAGUAACAGAGCUGGGUGACAGAGCAGCACAAGGACGUGCCUUUGGAAAUUUGGGAAACACACACUAUCUUCUGGGCAACUUCAGGAGUGCAGUUUUAGCCCAUGAACAGCGUCUCCUUAUUGCAAAAGAAUUUGGUGAUAGAUCGGCAGAAAGAAGAGCAUACAGCAACCUUGGAAAUGCCUACAUAUUCCUGGGGGAAUUUGAAACUGCUGCUGAAUACUACAGGAGGACGCUGCAGCUGGCUCGGCAGCUGAAGGACAGAGCUGUGGAAGCGCAGGCCUGCUACAGCCUGGGGAACACCUACACUCUGCUCCAGGACUACGAGAAAGCAAUUGAUUAUCAUCUCAAACACCUCGUGAUUGCUCAGGAGCUACAUGACAAAAUUGGGGAAGGAAGAGCAUGCUGGAGUUUAGGGAAUGCUUAUACUGCUCUGGGAAAUCAUGACCAAGCCAUCCAUUUCGCAGAAAGGCACCUGGAGAUUUCAAGAGAGGUGGGAGACAGAAGUGGAGAACUCACUGCCAGACUUAAUCUCUCAGAUCUUCAAAUGGUUCUUGGAUUAAGCUACAGCACAAACAACUCCAUGAUGGCAGAAAGCCAUGCAGUGGAAAACAGUUUAAAUGGUGGCAGACCAAGAGGACGCCGUUACAGUAUGGAGAACAUGGAACUUAUGAAAUUAACACCAGAAAAGGUUCCAAACUGGAACAGUGAGAUUCUUGCUAAACAGAAACCACUGGUUGCCAAAACUUCAGCAAAACUUCAUUUUGUAAAUCGACUAAAAGGCAAAAAGUACAAAAAUGGCACCACCUCCAAAGUUUUGCAGGAUGCCAGUAAUUCCAUUGAUCAUCGACUUCCAAACUCUCAGAGGAAAAGCAGCCGCGAGACAAUGGCAGAUGAAGGGUUCUUUGAUCUGCUGAGUCGCUUCCAGAGUAACAGGAUGGAUGAUCAGAGGUGCUGCUUCCAGGAGAAGAACAGACUCUCAGCCACUUCAGCGGCAACAUCCUCUACUCCACCUAAAACGAUGAUAAAAUCCUUUUCCACGUCCGUGGUGUCCCCGCACACGGACGAGUUCCUGGACCUGCUGGCGAGCUCGCAGAGCCGCCGGCUGGAUGACCAGCGCGCCAGCUUCAGCGAGCUGCCCGGCCUGCGCCUGCGGCGGCGCGGCAGCCAGGCCCUGCUGGGCCACCUCAUGGCCAGCAGCAACAGGGAGCUGGAUGACGACUUCUUCGACAUACUGAUUAAAUGCCAGGGUUCCAGACUGGAUGAUCAGAGAUGUGCUCCUCCAGGAGCUGCCAAAGGCCCCACUGUACCAGAUGAGGAUUUUUUCAGCCUGAUUUUGCGCUCACAAGCGAAGAGAAUGGAUGAGCAGAGAGUCCACUUACCCUCAGCUAUAAAGGGACCCAAUUCCAGCUGA